AUGGAGCGCACAAAAUGGCUCGACGGCCUGCGCGGCAUCGCAGCCGCCAUCGUAGCUGCGGAUCACUUCUUCAUGAGCGAUGUCUGGCACCCCUUUGUCUCCUACUGGACCGAUCCGCCCGAGGGGAAUCGCCAUAUAGUACAGCUUCCACCAAUUCGAAUUCUCUUCUCCGCCCAUGGAAUGGUAACGUUAUUCAUGGUUAUCUCCGGCUACGCGAUUUCCAUCAGUCUCCUGAAAGCUCGAAAUAGCCCCCAAUUCUUGGCACGAGUUUCGUCUGCCGUUGUGCGAAGGGUUUUCCGCAUUUAUAUGCCUGUCUUCGUUACGGCUAGUCUGGCUCAGAUCUUUUACUUUUUUGAUCUGUAUCAUUGGCCGUUUGACGAGGGGUUUUUGGAGACAUUGCCUAAACCUUGGACGGCGCCUUGGCAUCAUUUUACAUGGGUUCUCAAUUAUAUGGCUGAUAGUAUGAAUAUUAUCGCGUUUGAAUAUCGCGGUGCUUUGAAUGGGCAGCUGUGGACUAUGCCGGUUGAGUUUAGGGGGUCAAACGUGGUUUACCUCCUCAUCGUGGGAUUCUCGGGGUGGCGGGCAAAGUCGAGAUUCUACAUUCUUCCCACUCUCGCUUGCUUCUUCCUAUGGUAUGGCAACUGGGAUAUCUUUGGCUUUAUCUGGGGUCUCUGGCUGGCCGAGAGAGCUAGGGCUACCACGAAUACACCCUCUUUACCAUCGGACGAGCCACUGCAUGCCGAAUUUGAGAUGGCAGAGUUCGAAGACGAAGACAGACCCAGGUCAUUCUUCACAACACCCCUUCGUCUAGGCUCAUGGUACGGCAAACGUCGAUGCAAUACCCUGAAAUCGAGAAACUGCCUCACCUUUUCACGCAUUGGUGCCAUCCUCAUCUUCCUCGCAGGGUACUACCUCCUCUGCCUGGGCAACGACGGCCACCUCCCACCGGGGUAUCAAUUUCUCUCCGUCCUCCAACCAUCCCGUUGGAAGGAUAAAUGGGAUAUAUAUCACUUUUGCUGGAAAACCAUCGGAUCAGCCAUGCUGGUCUACGCCAUCGGGGAACUACCCUGUUUACAGAGACCUCUCAAUACGCGAGUAGUUCAGUAUCUGGGCAAGAUUUCGUUUGCAUUGUAUCUGCUUCAUGAGACAAUCUACGAGCUGUGGAGGAAUCCGUUGCGGGAUUUGAUUUACUCGGCGUUGAGUGGGAAGGAGUAUGGGAGUAGUGGUGUGGCGUUGGGGAAUGAUCCUUUUUCGUUUCAUGUUGCUUGGUGGUCGACGGGAAUUUUGCUGGGGGCGGUGGUUGUGGGUGCAUCGCAUUUUUAUACGAUCUAUGUAGAUGAUUGGUGUGUGGCUUUUGCUAAAAAGGUGGAUCGGUGGUUGAGUUAUUAA